CCGGCUGUGGGAUCGGAGCGCGUCCCCGCCGCGGUCCGGACGAUGUCGCUGCGCAGAGCGGUCGCCAAGACCCUGGCGCUGCCGCUGCGGGCGCCCCCCAGCCCAGCUCCGCUCGGCAGGGACGCGCCUCUCCGGAUGGCAGCUCACAAAGUGCCCGGACCGUCUGGGGCCAACGCGAUCUACUACCUGGUUGUGGGAGUCACCGUCAGCGCCGGCGGAUAUUACACGUACAAGGCAGUCGUAUCCGAACAAGCCAAGCACACGGAAUAUGUAACGCAUUUUAAAGAAGAAACGAAAGCAGAGUUACAGCCACUUCAAG